CCAGAUCUCUAUAUAAUCCAGCAGAGAUCCAUUACGAACAAAGAGAGAGCAAAGAUGGUUCUGCUAGAGAAGCUUUGGGACGAUGUCGUGGCCGGACCUCAACCUGAGCGUGGCCUUGGUAAGCUCAGGAAGAUCUCCGCCAAGCCCUUGAACGUCCAAGUGUUAGAUGUGGAAGGAGAGGGAAGCAAGUUACAGAGGUCGAUGACGAUGCCGGCGAGCCCAGGGACACCUUCGACACCUAUAACGCCGACAACACCAGUGGCGGCGCGUAAGGAUAACGUGUGGAGGAGCGUGUUCAACCCCGGUAGCAACCUUGCCACAAAGAGACUAGGUGCUCAUCAGAUCUUUGACAAGCCAGAGCCUAACUCUCCCACUGUCUACGACUGGCUCUACAGUGGCGAGACGCGAAGCAAGCAUCGCUGAUGAGGUGGCCGGCCGACGAUUACGGAGGGUUUGAUGAUCAUGUAAAUAGCGUUUUUCUUUGCCUUUUCCACCGGCGUGUCGUUUUUUAUGGUACUGUGACUACGUGUCCUAACUAGGCUUGCUAUCUGGGCUGACUAGUGUGGUUGUGUGAGUUGCUAAGGUCUGGGAGUGGGAACGAUGGCGAUGGCACCGUCGUUGAUCUUUGCAAGUCAGAUCUGCCGUAGACGGCGGUGAUCAUAAGCUACGUUGUUGUUGUUAGUAAAAUAAAUGGUAUUUGUGCGUUCUUUCUUGGUUCUUUUCUUGGAGCUCUUUUAUUGAUCAGUGGAAUGUAUUCGAAGUUGGGACGUCUAUGAUUCUAUAAACGGGCUCUCUCUUUUGUAA